ACGUAUGGCGUGCUGCUCUUAGGUUUCUCUCUGCUCGAACAAACCUAUGGAAGAUAAAUUUGGCGCGAAAAAUCAUCAAGUACAGUCUGUUAACUCGUAUGGAGGUGUGCGGUGUCAAUUGGCUUAAGCGAUAGUUAAAGUAAGAUAAGCAUAUUGUUUUAUAAAUUUUCUAUGUCGUGCGCUUGAAAAAGAAGGUACACGCACGGAUCUUGUUUUCUCAGCACUGAAUUUUUUUUCAUUUUACUAAUAAAGAAAUCGUUUAUAUUUGUGUUAAUGGCAGUUGUUGAUCAUCCAACGACUACUAAUGUAACGGAAGUUUAUUUAAGUAAUUAUAAAGAUCUUAAUCAAAAUGAACAUCAUAUUGGAAAUGAUGAAGGAUCUUCUAAAGAUACUUCUUCAAAAGAUAUUUUAAAAGAUACUUCAAUAUGCAAUAAACACAUACAAGAAAUACAUAGACAAAAACAUGAUGGAAAUAUUGAAGAAAAUUCAAGAGAAACUGUUUGCAUAUUGUUUAGGGGAGAAAAUGAACAUUAUAUUGGAAAUGAUGAAUCUUCUAAAGAUAUUUCUUCAAAAGAUAUUUCUAAAGAUAUUUCAAUAUGCAAUAAACACAUACAAGAAAUACAUAGACAAAAACAAGAUGGAAACAUUGAAGAAAAUUCAAGAGAAACUGUUUGCAUAUUGUUUAGUGAAGAAAAUACUUCCUCUAAUCUCGAAAAUACUUCAUCUAUUCUCGAAAAUACUUCCUCUAAUCUUGGAAAUAUUUCCUCUAAUCGGGAAGAUAUACCAAAUAAUAAAGUUUCUAAUAAUUUGAUAGCUGAAAAUGGUAAUUUGAAUGAUAAGAUUGAUUCCAGUGAAGUCAGCAAAAUCAUUGAAAUGAGAAUUGAUGAUAAAUACUUGGGUGAUGGCGGUGUGAAUAUUAGUGAAAAAUUUCCAUCAAGGAAAUUCAUGACCUUUGUGGAUAGCGAUUCUGAGGAAGAUAUUACUAUAUAUGAAACAUCUAAUAAAUUUUUUGCUGUUGAUAAAAACAAGUAUUUUGAACAUUCACAAAUUACAAAAUAUAAGAAAAACUCUAAAAUUAUAAAAAGUAUAAAAGAACUAGUGGACAGUGAAUCUGAAGAUAAUGAAGAAACGUGUAAUAUAUAUAAUUCUUCUCAAACAUCUCCUAAAGCUACAGGUGUUAUUACUAAUGAUUACCAAAUUUUAUUUGAAUCUGAAUCUGAAAAAGAGAAAGAAACAAAAGACUAUUCUGUCAUAUUUGAUGAGACUGAUAUGUCCAAAAUCAAGAAUACUAAAGAAAAAUCUGUUAAAAAGAUAAAGGGCUCUAUAAGAGCUGCAAAAAAUGAGGCAAUGCAUAAAAUACAUAGUGAAAGUCAGCGUUUAUUGAGGGAAACAAGAGUUUCUUUGCCAUAUCAUAGACCUAAACAACGUACAUUACAAGAAUUUUUAAACAGAAAGAAAUUAUCAGUGACUCUUCCAAAAACAUCUUCUACAGCUGCAAAACUAAAAAUGUCGUCUACCAUAGUAAGUGAAAUCGUUGAAGAAAAGGAAAAAGAAGCAGAACAUUUUUACAAAUCUUCAGAUUCAGAAGAUGAUACACAUGAAGUCACUUCAGUCACUUGUGACAAUGUAAAAAAAUCUUUCACUACAAAUGAAGAGCAAUCCGUCACAGAUAUCGAACUCAUCUGUGCUCAAGACACACAAAAUAUUGAAAUAAAUGAUCAAAAUUCUCAUGGUAAAAAAGAGAUUGCACAACAAGAUAACACAGAUUUUAUUGCUCAUAAAAUAUUGAUUGAAAAUGAUUCUUGUGAAGCAGAUUAUCAAAGUAAUGGUCAUGUACUUGGCUUGCCGCUUCCAAAAUUUACAAAUGAUAUCUCUAUACUCGAUAGAGAAAAGCUAUCACCAAAAUUUGCGCCAAAUUUUAAAUUUACAUUAAAAGGAUCACCGGAUAUGAUUAUUGAUUUAACGGACGACGCAAAACCAAAUUCAAAAGGUGUAAAUAGCUUGUUGGACAGAUUUUUCUGCAAACACGUUGUUAAUACAAAUAAGCAGACUGAUAAUAAGUCUGAAGUAACUAUAAUACAUCUGCAAGAUACUGAGAACGGUCCCAUUCCGGUCAAGGAAGUACUCCCCGGGUAUAAAUUAUCCGCCAAUACCGAUCUCGAAUUGAACAAGCCUGGCGCUAAAUUGACGCGUUUGAAAGAACAUUUAAAGUUACAAAUGUCUCUGAAACGGAACGAAGAAUGGAAACAGAAGGAAACAGAAAUGCAAACGCAAGAAAAAGAGAUGUGGAAUGAGGAAGAAGAGAUCGAAUAUGAUUUAAACGGUCAAAAGAAAGCCGAUAUUUUUGGAUCAAGUGAUAGUGGUGAAAGCGAGCCUGAAGAGAAUGAUGUCUAUAUUAAGGAUAAGAAAAGGAAGAAGUGCUCAUUCGCAGACGAUGAAGCAGAAGUUACAGAUAACGAAAAUUCAGAUGCAGAUGAGACAGGUACGAAUGAAGCGGAACAUGGCAAACAAUCUACAAGUUUGAAGCAUAGAAAUGAGAAAAAAUACAUGGAUGAUAAUGAAACUGAUAUAGACGAAGUAGAAGAGGAAGAGGAGGAAGAAGAAGAAGCGGACGACGAAGACAAAUACACAGAUAAGGAUGAAAAUAAAGUUGAAAGUAAAACUGAAUUUAUGGACAAAAAUAACGAUAAUGUUGGUAAGAACAUUAAUAUUGUCAGAAAUGAAAAGAAAAGAAAGCGGUUAAUACAGAAAUAUCAAGACGACUCAGAAGAUGAAGAUAGCCAAUCAAAAAGCAUAGUGGAUACACAUAUAUCUAAAUCUGAUAAUAAUGGUUGCAUAAGUGGGAAUGAACAGCAGCCAGAAGUCGCUACAAAAAGUCACAUAUGCAAGACACCUAUAACAAGGACAAGCAUGCUCGAUUUUGUUUCUCCUAUAACACAAUUAAGUAUAUUAAAUAACUCCUUUGAUUCUAACAAAAUAGAACAUUCGAUUGAUAGGUAUGAAUUCAUGAAGAAUACACAGAGUAAUCAGUCGCCUGAACACGCGCGCGAUGAAAUUAGAUAUAUUUCACAGAAGAAAUUGUUUUAUGACAUCGAAGAAAGUAUAGAUGAUGAAUAUCUUAUGCAAUUAUGCUCAACUAAAUUUCAAUCUACACAAAGGAGCGAUUUAGAUUUAAAGAGUUCGACAUCACGAUGUAAUACUAUUGAGUCACAGUCGCAUGAAUUCGAUGCAGGAAGUUCCAGCGCGAAAUCGACCAAUGUGAAAGAAUUAAGAAAUUCAGAAAUGGAGUAUCAAAUCUCUCAGGAGAAGGAUCUUUUUAAUAGUUCUGUAUGCUGCGCAAAGAAAGCAGAGAAAGUCAGCACGGCGGAUUCAAAAUUAAAAUUGAUGAUUGUUUCUUCAGACGAAGAAGAUGCAUUCUUAAAGCCCAAGAAACGUUCAAUUAAGAGACUGAAUUUAUCUGAUUCAGAAGAAGAUGCUCGAUCUUGCAUUGAAGAGGAUGACAGUACGAAUGAUGAAGAGACGGAAGAAAAGUAUGUAGACUAUGAUUCUGAGGAAAACGAAGUGAUGGUUAUACCGAAGAAGGAUAUACAAAAAGUCGCAGCUGAUUUCUUGGAAAAGGAAGCUGAAUUGAGUGAAAGUGAUUGGGAUUCCGCUGAUGAGGAUGAAAAGGACUUGGAUAAAUUGGAAUUUGAAGAGGCUGAUGAAGAACACUUGGAUGAGGAUGAAGUGAGAAACCAACUGGGGAAGAUUCAUAUGAAACAAGUGCUGGAUGAAGAUAAAAAAGAGGUUCGACUGCUUAAGGAAUUGUUGUUUGAGGAUGGUGAUUUGCAUACAGAUGGAGCAGGUCGUGAGCGAAAAUUCAAAUGGAGGAAUAUAGAUAAAUUAGGAAAUGAUAUCGAGAUGCCUCAAAUGCUUGGCGAGAAUGAUGGUUGGGUAGAUUUGCAAGAAGAUGAAGAAGAAGCAAAGUGGAAUAAACACAAACACGAAAGGGACAAAUUUCUCGAAGAAAGAAUGAAAACUUUAAACAACGAAAUCGAAGAUGAUUUAUGCGAUAGUCAAAUUUUCAAAUUUGGACUGGAAACACUCAAGAAAACCAAGAGCAACGAGUCUCAAAAACAAGUUUCUUCGGACAAAGCGGAUUUAUCCGAAAAUAUGGAACCGAUCAUGCCACGGAAUAUAACGGAUCUUUUGUAUGCUCCAAACACUGGGAAAAAAUCUCAGACAAUAUAUGAUGUCAUAAAAAGACGUUCACUUUUAACUCGAGGAGAAGAAUCAUUGGCGAGAAUAGCUUCAUUGGCAAAACAAAAUGAUCCUGCUUCUCAUACGGUAAACACAAGAAAUUUUGUCUUCCAAUAUAUCGAUCCGUGUGCAAAUAAUACGUCCAAAUACGAGGAAACGAAAGAAGCAAAAGAAGAAAGGGAUCGGCAUUUGCAAAAUCAGCUUCGAAAAAGGAAGGUAAAAUUGGAUUUUAACUCAGCAAUGAAGAAAAGGCGGAAAUAGAGAUUAACCUUAAAGAAAAAUGCUUUUUUAUUUUCUAAGAAACUGUGAGAUAUGUAUGUUCGUGCGUGUGUUUAGAUAAGUAACAUUUUUGACACAACUUUUUUCAAAUGUACAGAAUGAAUAAAUUUAUAUUUGUUAUGCCAA